GUAGAACUAAUGGCCGGUGCGACCAAAGAUGAGGGCCUAAUACUGACACUUAUGUUAUACCCAGAAAUGCAAACCGAAAUGACUGAACACCAGUUGCGGGAAAUUGUGAUCAAAUUGAGUAAUGAAUUCCAUAACAUAAAUGUGGACAAAGUGUGCGGUCAUUACCUCAAAGGUGUUGACAAAACCAAUUCAUCGCAACUGAAGGCAGCGUUAAAUGCAUUAUAUGGCGAUUUAGUGAUGACUUGUCCCACAUAUCUGUUUGCCAAGAGAUUUGCCACAAAUGGACAAAAUGUGUAUUUUUAUCGUUUUAAUUUUCAAAGUCAAUUCUAUGGCAAUAUAUUUGGCAAUACCGGAGACGCCGUAUGUCACGGCGCGGACUUAGCUUUUGUUUACGGCUUUCCAUUAAGACAUCCGCAACUGUUUAGCGAAACUGAAUAUGACUUUAGUAUUGAUGUAAUGAAAAUGUGGACUGAUUUCGCUAAAAAUGGUAAACCACAUGACGUUUGGCCACAACUUUGGGACAAAUCUGUGAUUCGAGUGAAAGACUUGAAUCCCAACGAUAUGUCACUUAUUCUCGACAAUCCAUACGAGAGUACAUGUGAUGGCAUUUGGAGCCAAUAUUUUUGAUCAAU